UCGCAUGAACACGAACAUUCUCAUGACGGUCCAGAUCGCGGAACUGAAGCUUCUCUUUACCCAUGUAUAGACCAUGAAAAUAUUCGUUGUUUGAACGAAAGUGUAGCAGGUUCAGGAAAGAAUGUCAUAAAACCUUGGCACGAAAGAAAUGAUACAACUAAGGCUUGUCUUAAUGCUUUAACGAAUAUUGAUUUUGACACCGUUGAUUCCUAUACUGCAACCCAGGAGUGGGAAUUAGUUUCUAGUCCUGAUAAUACCAUAAAAAUCCAGCUGAAGAUGAAAGAAUUCACCACACCGUCAAUUGAUCUUAGACAUUAA